AUCCACAAUGGCGGACAAUCGAAAACAACAGCUGUACUGAGAAUGAUGCGUGGUGUUAGCUAAGACUCUUCCUCAAAUCUGUGGUAAAGAUGGCGAAAAGCCAUAACGGAAAUGGAGAAAAGCCCAUCAAGUAUGAGUAUUUAGAUCACACAGCUGAUGUUCAACUUCAUGCUUGGGGUGAUGAUUUGAAGGAAGCUUUUGAGCAGGUAGCAACAGCCAUGUUUGGUUAUAUGACAGAGUUAACUGCUGUUGAAAUUGAAAAAACAAUGGAAAUCACAGCUCAAGGUGAUGACAUGAUAAACUUGUUGUUCCAUUUUCUCGACGAGUUCCUGUUCUUGAUGUGUGAUGACCCAUACUUCAUAGUUAAGGAAGUUGAAAUUUUAGAGUUUGAUAAGGAAAACUUCUCAAUAAGAGCAGUAGGGAGAGGUGAACUUUUUGACCUUAACAAGCAUCCACAGGUAAUAUUUUUUUCUUUUGUAGAAAUUACAGCAUUCAAUGUCCAGCACUUACAUGACUUGUAUAACAUUCAUCUGACAAACAGGUCGCAAGUUCAUUUCUAUUCAUGACUUUUGCUCAGGUCGAACACUCACACUUCGAUGAUCAAAUUCUACAAUCAAAUCCCAAGAAGAGAAUAAUAGAUUUUUAAUCUUAAUUUCUGUUCAAACCUCUGAUUAGCAUCUAUUUUCUCCUUACAAUAUCACCCCUGAAUCAAACAUGAAGGUCAUGAGACUUAAGAAAACAAUAACCAACUAAAAAAGCUCCUGAUUGUUAUACAAAUUCUCCUGGUCAUCACCUUUUAAAAUGUAUAGAAAACAGUAGGGAGAAGAUGCAUACUGAUGUUAGGCUGUAAAGGGUUAAUGUUAAUACAUAGUUACUCUUACCCUUCUUAACUUCCUCGACAAAAUCCUGAAUUCACUCUGUGAUAAUAUUUUUUAGUAAUUGAUCGAUUGAAUUUUAUGAUUUUCUUUCCUUUCAGGGAACAGAGGUGAAGGCUAUAACUUACUCCAACAUGCAGAUUUAUGAUGAAAAUGAUAAGCAUGAAGUUUAUGUCAUUAUCGAUAUUUAAAAACCAAAAACCAAAGGCGAACUCUAUGUGCUAAUUAUUCACUGAAGGUAUGGUGAAGAGUGAUGUAGUCAUUACAUGUACCAACGUAAGUGAGUAGCAGAUGGUCAAUCAGUUCCAUUUCCAACUAUUUGUUAAAGGCAGCUGGGAAAAAAACAUAGUACCCACCAAACUGAAAAAUCUUCACUAUCAUACUGAACUGUAUUUUAAUUUUCUCUCUUGCAUAGAGAAGCUCACCCCGCAAAGAGAUGUGAAAUAAAAAUUUUGGAUAAAAUACCACCUGCAA